CUUUCCAAUUAAGAUUUUCAAAAAAAUGCCGUCUGCUGUGGCAAACCGCCCUCAGAUUCAGCGAGUGAAACGCUGUGGAAUUGAGGUUGUUGAAGGAGUUACCUGGAAAGGAUGGGAGCCUGGUGCAGAAUAUACUAAAAAUAUUAUUUUGAAAAACGUCAAUGUUAAAACACAGAAAAUAAAAUAUAGCUCUCCAACAUCACGUUUUUUCACCACGUUGUAUCCACAACCGAUAGUUUUGAGUGCAGGAACCAGUUACACGUUGCCAGUUACAUUUCGACCUCUUGAAAAAGAUGUCUAUGAGGACAGUAUUGAAUUCCAAACUUUAGAUGGUGCAUUCAAAGUGCCGAUCUGUGCAGUGCUGCCAAAGCAUGAACUUGCUGUUCCAGAACAUCUCCAGUUUGGUAUGUGUGCUGCACAAGAUAACAUUGAGAUGACGUUUGAUAUUAACAACAUCAGUGAGCUGACCACACCCUUUGAAUGGAGUAUAAAAGAGCCAUUCACAGUGGUUCCCCCAGAAGGAACUCUGGAUCCCAAAUCAUCAUGUAAAAUUAGAGCCACUUUCAAACCGAAAUCUUCCUUGGUGUACGAAACAACUGCCGUGAUUAAAUAUGGAAAUGAUCUCAGCUGUUAUAAGACUGUCAAGCUAGAAGGCAUCGGAAAAUAUCCACAUUUACUGGUAUCUAGUCUUGGGAAAAGCCCUAGGACCCUUGAGAACUUGAAUGCUGAAGCUGUGAUAGAGUUUGGACAAGUUGCUAUUGGUCGACAGACAGAAAAAUACAUUGAACUUCAUAAUCUGUCACCUGUCAAUGCCCCUUAUACAAUAGAACAUCCAACUUCAUCCACUCGUAUUGAUACAGUGUUUACUUGUAAACAGAGAAAUGGAGUAGUGCCAGCUGAAACACUUGUUAGAAUACCGGUUAGUUUUACCCCAAAAAUUGUUGGUGAAAAAUCUGUUGAUUAUGUACAAGUACAAGCUAUUGGUAACAUCAGUAAAACAGUUGUCAAGCUGGUAGGCAGAUGUAAAGGGCCCACUGUUUCACUUAGCAAUAAAGUUGUGAAUUUCAGUCGUAUUGAUUCCGGUGAACAGCAGACAAGAACACUAACCAUUACAAAUAAAUCUGACGUGGAUGCCACCUAUGAGUUCUUGAUUGAUUGCUAUGAGAGUGUAUUCAAGUUUGAGAAACAAUCCGGAUUACUGCAAUCUGGUGCCUCUGAUACCAUCAUCAUGCAUUUUGUACCCAGAGAAGCAAUCAACUACUACAGGAGAAUAACAUGCCUUGUACAAAACCAGGAUCCACUGUUUGUAGAUCUAAUUGGCACUUGUCAUGCAGAACAAAUCAAGCCAGCGGUGUUACAGCCAAAACAUCUCAGCAGAUACAGAGUGCACAUGGCUAGAGGACUGUCUCUUUUCCCACCAGAUCAACUGAAUGAGCUUCUCAGUGAAGGUAAACUUGCAGUGGAUCCUGAAGGCUGUCUGAUGAGUCAGCAAGCUGAAGCCAUGGAGAUGUACCUUCAGGAACCCAAACCAGUGCCACCCAUGCAUGAAUAUUUUGAUGACGGGCAUUAUUCAGACAAACCAUAUACUGUACCACACGUCAGCUUGGACGUCGAAACAGUUGAUUUUGGUCAGUGUACAAAUAUCCGUCUAAUAGAGCCAAGGACCAUACACGCCACCAACCAUACCAAGGGUAAAGUGACUGUUGUAUGGAUGACAAAUACAGAAAACGUAUUUUCAGUGACUCCAGCUACUUGUGAUAUUCCACCAUUGAAGACGUUUUCAUUCCAAGUUGCUUUUAAGCCUGGUGUACCAAACCAGUUUUUUGGAGCGGAAUUAGAAUGCUAUGCCUUUUACAAGAGUAUGAGAGACUAUCGUCUUGUGCAAGAUGAAACAUUUUCUCCACCAUGGUGUAUGACAUUGAACACUGUAGGACACACCUUCCAACCAGGAAAUGAGACAUUUUUACCACGAUUUACAUUAGACUCCAAGAGCUUGCUAUUCCCUGCAGUAUCACCAAAUGAGACUAUUUUCAAGACGCUACUACUGACUAACAACGGUACAACACCAAUACAUUAUGCAUUUGAACCAGAUCCAUCAGGAACUUAUUCAGUGAAACCCAGCAAGGGUCUCCUGCAAGAUAAAUACCAGAUAUUCGUAGUCAGAAUGAACCCCAAAAUAGCAAAGACACACAGACAUAUAUUGAAAGUCAAACUAAACGAUGCUGCUAAACAUGUACACGGUGUUAUGUUAGUGGGAUCAGCUGAAACACCAGAAUUGUUGCUGGAAAAUGAGGCAUGUUUAUUCCUUAAACCAACCUGUACUGGAACUUCUAGUCAACGGCCUUACAAAAUAAGAAACAUCUCAAGAACACCCCUGAAUUUUGAAUGGAAGAUUCAUGCCAGUGAUAGACAGAUUAUAUCUGUGGAGCCAUCUACUGGGUGUAUCCUCCCAAAUGAGGCACAGUCUCAAAUGUGGACAUUCACUCCACAUGACCAUGAGAAGUAUGUGCUGAAACCCAUCGUUGAAAUUGUCCCGGAUAAAAUCAUGGGAAGUAAACAUAAAAAGAAGAGUUGUACGCUGAGGAUUGUGGGUGAAGGUUCUUCCGGUGAUAUUAGGGCUGAACAGAUCAAGAUCAAUUACUGCAACGUAGUCGUUGGUAGUUCAGCUUCCAGGGAGAUUAUAGUUUACAACGACUAUGAUUGUGAUCUUUAUUAUAAACUUGCAAUUGAGCAAAUCAUUGAUGGACCGUACCCUGAAAACCAAACUGCCUACGAUCCAAUAGCCUUAGAUCUUGAUCAGAUGUCAGGCACGCUACCUGCCAGAUCCAGGACUAUCAUCCUGGCGACCGUUAGACCGAUUCGCCGAGUUAACUAUUCAUUCAUUGUGUCGUACGAGUUACUGACACCCAAGGGUAAUCAGAGUAACGCACCAGUGCAGCUAUGUGAGUUGACUGCUACUGGUGUGUAUCCUAGUUUAGCGGUGACCGAUGCGAGAUGUUAUGGUAGUGCUAACGGAAUUAGUAAAGCUAGAUUGUGGAACCUCUUUUCAUUAGACAAUUUGAAUGUUUGCCUGGACGCUGAUCCAUCAGCCGAAGAACUCAUGUACUCGGUGAUCACCAGACACAGCACCAGACGACGCCCACCAGUCUACACCAGAGCAAUCCUCGACUUCAACUUUGGUGCGGCACCGGUGCAUUCCGAAGACUGCGUGGUGCAUCUGAUGAUUGAGAAUAUGGGAGCCGUGCCAACCGACUGGGCGUUCUUGUUUCCAGUUGAUUUACAGCUGGAGUUAGAAUACUGGGCAGAAACGGGUGAAUUUGACGAGGAGGAGCUACAUGAGAUGCGAGUGAUGGAUAAUAAAUUGUUCAGUGUUGAGCCGAAUAAAGGAACGCUACAACCCGGUCAAUGCCAGACUAUUACAUUCAUAUACAGACAUAACUUUCCAGGAACUGACAGAUUACCAGUGUUAUUUAAAUUGAUGAGAGGCAGGGAAAUAUUGUUGAAUUUUAUCGGUGUGACUGUUGAACCUGAAAGAAAAUAUGUCCAUUUUCCCAGCAAUAAGCACAUGUUUUACCCUGUGCCAAUCGGUGCUAGCGCAAACCCAAAGCAGGUGUAUGAGUUAUACAAUGGUGGAGCCAUCCCAGUAACAUAUGAACUGGAUCUCACUGCACUGGAAUAUGUUAGACAGGAAAAUUUCUAUCAUGAUAUAUUUGAGUGUCUGAAUCCCACAGGGGAGAUACUUCCAGGUAGAACAGCAUAUGUGGAAUGGAUCUUCUCUCCUCUGGAAGCAAAAACCUACAUGGUUGAUGUACCAAUUCAUAUCAUCAAUGGGGACACAGCAUUGAUUACAUUUACUGGUGUAGGCUAUGAUAAGAGAAUUAUGGGUGACACAAUGCCGCUAACAGAUCAGCAUGACUUGAGCGGUGUUCCUGCUGUACAGAGUGUGCCAGUACCAAGACAGUUGGUGUAUUUGACCCAAGAACGACUAUCUUUUGGUAACUUGCCCCUCUUCAGUCAGUCACGUCGUACCACCUACAUAACCAACAGAUCAACUUCACAUAUUGUAUCUUAUGAAUGGUAUGUCACCUCAGAAGCUGAUAGCCAGGUUGUUGAUAUUCAGCCAGUCAGUGGUGUUCUCCAACCCUUGGAAAGUAUGCUGUGUAAAGUUACAUUCAUUGCUACUGGUGAACCGUCCUUCUAUGAUUUGGAUCUAGUAUGCGAGAUCACUGACGAAACUGAAUUGGCCGAGUAUAGGAGAGAAUUAGCAGCAUGGGAAGCUGAGAAAGAAAGACAAAAAUAUGAAUUUACCAUCACUGAGAAAGAUCUGGAGAAAAGAGAGAAACGAAUAAGAGCCUGCAGGCGACUCAAACAGACAGACUCCACAGAGCGAUCUCUCUCUGAUUCGGACUUAAAGAAAUACCAGACCCUUCCACCUAUCAGAUCACAAAAAACAGAAAAAGAUAUAGAUGAACAGAGAGAGAGAGAAAGGUCAACCGAUUCAGGCACGCCAUUGUGGAACAAACCACAGCCGCCAGAUACAUUCCUAUUGCAUUUAGGCAUGACUGCAAGAACUCAUACCAUUGCUGAAUUCCAGACUAAUUUCCCUAGUGAAGUCCAGAAUUAUUUCAUUGACCGAUCCAUGAGUGAGAAACAAUUGACUACAGGCAGGAGUGCUGAACCAGAGUAUUUACUGGGACCUUGUACAACAGAAGAGAGAGAAAGCAUCUCUGUUAUUGUGGGCAACAUUCUAAGGGGUUUGCUGGAUGACCAUGACUUUCACAAAGCUCUCAGAGACAUCCACAAGGAGCCAAUACCUUACUUCUGUCAGUUCAGUGAGAGACCACCACGCAGCACCAUGUCAGAACAGCUAAAAAUGGAAGAAGAUGACGGAAGACCAAAGACUCCUUCACCUACCGAUGAAGCAGCCACAAUAUCAGCUGCUUCACAGAUUGCUACAGAAGACAGGCCAGAUUCUAAACAAAAGAAGCCGCCAAGUGCCACUUCCACUCCGACUGUACGAACAGUGACACUGAGAGAACCCUCACCCGAAGAAAGCUCUCAUCAAACGUCGACUGAUGAACAUUUAAUAGAUCGAGAAGAAGGCCAAGAUGACCCCUUGGAGGAGGCUGAUCUUCCUGUAGCACCCUCUCCCGAAGAAGAUCUGCCAAUUGAUACAACAGUGGAGGAGGGUCUAGAAGUUGCUGAGAACGUUGUAUAUCAACAGAGUCUGAAGGAAGAAAGGCAUUUGAUGGACAGACAAAACAUUAAAAGAUUACCUGAAUUUGGUUCUAUCCUUGAAGCUGUUAUAGAGAAUGCGAUACAUAACAUUGUAUCGGAGGCCAGUUCUGGACAGAUCAACUUAACAGCGCGGCCUAGGAUGGUGGCUCUUCCACCGAAACCAUCAACAUCAAGUCCUGUUACAACAGCCCAAGGAAACGUCCCUCCUAGUUUGCGCAUUAGUGCUACCAGUACACCAAUAUCAGCUCGAACAAAGACCGAACUUGAUUCCGCUAGAACAGAAACACAACGAGCUGAGAGUGCUGGCUCAAAGGUAUCCCAUGGAAUCUUAUCAAGAGUUAGUUAAAAGUGGAGGAAAUCUGGGAAUCAGACGUAAAUACAUUGAAAAAUUCAUGGUGGUUCAUCCAGAGGAAUUGUAGCAUCGCAUUUCAAUAUUACACCAAAUUUCUUACUAAAAGCAACAAGUUUGUGAAUUACGUGAAAAGUUUCGUCUUUACAACUAUUUUUAAAAUAAAAUAUCUUGUCUAUACUAUUAUAAUAUUUUGUAAUUUUGAUGAAAUUUGUAAAUAUUAAUUGUUGACUUAUCUAUAAUAAUAAUCGCUCUAUAUAUACUUUGCAUUUAACCACUGGUAUAUUUGGAAACAGCAGUGUUCUUAUCUUUAUAGUUGUGUAGCAAUUUUUAUACAAGCUGGUUCAUUGCAUACAUUCCAAUGCAUAAUAUGGUAACAGAGAUUGUCUGGAAGCAAACCUGUAUUGCACACUGUAUAUUAUUAUUAAGCCGUGCAUCUCUGUGAUUUCUUGUGGUUUGUUUUGCAAUACUUGUAUCCCCGGGCCAUAUAUCCUUUCCGUUACAAGUUUAACACCGUAUCUUGUAUGUCUCUUAAAGUAAGAACGCAUAUUUGAUGUGUGUGUCGUGAAGCACAAGUAUCAGGAACACCUGGCUGCAUGAACAAGCCGAGAUGUGUGCUAUGCAGACACUUGUAGUGAAUAUUUGUACCCCUUGGCAAGUAUUACCAGUGCUGUUUACCUCUGUACACGAGUGCAGCAUUCCCAUCAGGCUGUAUGCCAUAAACAAAAGUUUACCUUGUGUUGCCUGUAGAGGGCAGUUAUACGACAAUUCUUACAAUUAUCCAGUCUGGUAUAUGUGCUAUACCCAGUGAGUUGAUUCAUACUUUUGUAUUUGUUUUAUGUGUACAAUAAAUCUAACCAUACUGUGGAUAUAUCUCUACACUGUUAUUGA